CAAAUGGGUUGCAAGCGGAUUUUCAAGGAAGGAUGAGUUGUACCUAAAUCAUCUGCCCAAGCAGUGAUCAGAUAUCAUGCCUGUAAAAGACUGCUGACUCUUCCCAUACUGAAUUGGUAACUUGAAGGGCUUUCUCAAGAUGCCCCCUGUCACGACAAACCACCGGAGGGUCGGGAGUUGAAACAGUCAAAAGUCUUUUGGAACCAACAAAAAGAACUGCAAAAUAAUGCAUUCACACAGAGACUGACUCACACGCACGCAUGCAAAAACAACUGGAAACCGCCAAUGAAACAGUCUUAAAACUGACAGGAAAACUCCAUCUUGCAAUCACAGUUUCGUUUGUCAACUUUCAUUUGUCUCCCUCCAUUGUAGCACUACCUGCCUUGCUGCCCAUUUGGCCAUUUCCACAUUUCUCCAUCUCCAUCACCAUCACUCGUUUUCUCCACCUGUUCUUGUCUUUUCCUUUCUUCGCACUCCUCCAAUUAUAUACCUCUCGUCAUGUCUUUUCCCCAGGCAGCAUCUCCAGCAUUCCCUUGUUUUUUUAUCCCAAGAUCCCUUCAUAUUCCUCGUAUCUUCUCUAAGAACCAUCGUCGAAGGACGAUAGUUUUUCAAGUCCAAAGCUUGGAAAACCCAGGUUGAGCUGAUGAGAUUUCAGUGAUGGAAACUUCGUUGGGUAGGCGAGAUAUUCGACAAAAUGUCUUUAGCUUCUGAAGAAUUGGGAUUUGCCUGAAGUUUCGUGGACUCUGAGGUCCUUGGGAAAAAGGUUAGAGGAGGCCCUAAUAUCAGCAGAAAUGGCAUCAUCCUUGGAGGAACUUCUUUCGGAGGAAGGGUUUAAAGGAAGAAGAUCAUUGAGUAGGGCAAGAUCAUGCGUAAAAGCAGAUGCUACAGGUAUGUCGUUCUGCACUUUCCAAGAUAAACACAAGAAUGAUUCUGCACCAGGUCAUAGAAACAAGACGGAGAGGACAAGGUCUGAUGUAGCUCGAUACAGUUCGAAAGGUGAAUUACCAACAGGUGAUUAUAUAAGGGGUAGGAGAUCAGGGGAAAAUCUGGUUGGAACUGAGAAAAAAGAUGAAAGAUUGAAGAAAGAAAAUAGGGAAAGACUUUUAAACUAUCUUAAGGAAGGUAAAAGAUUCAACUUAUCAAAAGAUGUGCCACAAAAUGAAAUAGAGGAGGUUUGUAAGCAAGAUGAUGAGAGAUUUGGGGAUACAUAUUCAAAUAAAGUUCAUAGCUCAGAGAGAGGGAAGGAUGAAUAUUCUAAUGGAGCCAGGGAAAGGGAAGUAUACAAAGAGAGGCCAGGGAUGGAUAGAAAAGUGGACAAGAAGCAUGGCAAUAAUUUGGCAAAACAGCUGCUUGGACAUAUGAGUUCUAGUACUAAUAACAGGAAGAGUGUGAAAAAGCCAACGACCAGUAAUGACACGUCUAAUAGAGGUUCAUUGAAUAGCAAAAGCUUUGAAGAUAAUCAGAGUAAAAGACGAAAUAAUUUUGCACAAGUAGUUUAUGAACCUGCUCUUGAUGAAGUCGCUGUCCAAGCCAUAGUCUCCAUCCUAAAUGGAUAUAUCAAAAGCUUUCUAAAUGAUGAGGAUUUUCGGACAACACUUCGUCACAACUGCUUCUCUUCCAUUGAUUUUAUUGAACUUGAAGAAAGGCAAAGUGCUGAGAGCAAAGUCAUGGCCAGCCUUGAACAAGCAAUAGAAACAGUAGAAAAAGCUGCUGAGGACUCUUCAAGUGCUAAGGAUUUGAAAAAAGCUUUGGUGCAGCUGAGUGCAAUUACAGGGUUAUAUUCAAAUAAUUUGAAGGAUGGGUUUGCAUCUGGAAUUCCUAAUUCAAAGUUGUCAGCUUGUGCUCAUCUCUACCUCAGCGUGAUAUAUAAGCUACAGAAGAAAGACAAGAUUUCAGCAAAGCAUCUUUUGCAAGUAUUUUGUAUUGUACCUUUUCAGGCACGAACAAUAUUGUUGCCUGAACUAUGGGACUAUCUCUUUUUUCCGCAUCUUUCACAUUUGAAGGAGUGGUACAACCAGGAAGCGGAUUCUCUAGCAGACACACCAAGCAGGCAAAGGAAACUGAAGCUUCUUCAAGAAGUGUAUAAUGAUAUUCUGGAUUCUGGUACUUAUCAAUUUUCAGCUUACUACAAGGAUUGGCUCACAGAAGGGGUUGAAGCUCCUUCCCUGCCUUCCGUCCAGAUCCCACCUGUAUCUGUAUGGGAAGCUCAGCAGGGAAGUUCACUUGGUGAUUCUUCAGAGCUAUCUAAUUCAAGUGGUCCUUUCUCAUCUCAGCCUGUGGUCAGUAAAAAGCUAUAUGAUGCUGUAUUUGGCUGUUCAAGUAAAUCAGGAGUUGAUGAAGCUGAAGAUGAUGGGGAGACAGGGAACUCUAACAAUCGUAUGAGAAGCUUUGGUGGUUCUGCUGUUGUUAAACAAACUUUAACAGGUGCUUCUGAAACUGUUGAAUGUACAAAUCAGGAUACUGAUGAAGAUUCGACUGAGAGUGUGCUGGAUGAUGCAUUUCUUCCUGAAAAUGAACCCUCGUCGACAGCUGAGAAAGAAUGGAGGUUGUAUGUGGUGAGUGCUUUGCCUCAAAAUAAUCUUAAUGGUAAAUUUUGUGAUUCUACUAUAUGGCGAGAAACUACGGGGAAUAGUGAAAUGCCUCAUGCAGCAGCAUAUAGGAAAGCAAAUGAUGAGCUUACACUCAGAAGCCUAGAAAAAUCUAUUUUUGAACUGCAAGACACUGAAGCUUCUACUGAUCUCAGAUCUUCUUCUCGUUUCAAUUCCAGUGAGGCAUUGACUUCCUGUUCUCCUGCAAAUCCAAUCAAAAUAAGGUCCUCUCUUGAAGAGCUACGUGGAAGUUAUGAAUACUUUGAUGAACAUUCUUUCUUCUCGAGCAUUCCUCAAGGCUUUAUUUGUCCAUUUACUGGAAAGUUGUUUGAAGAUCCAGUAACAAUAGAGACGGGGCAAACAUUUGAACGGGUGGCCAUCAAGGCAUGGUUUGAUCAGGGUAACAGAAAAUGUCCAGUAACAGGAAAAACUUUGGAAUCACUUUCUGUGCCACUUACCAAUUUUGUUUUGAAGCGUGUAAUUGACAAUUGGAGAUCUGGACAUUGUAAGAACCUCUUGGCUUUUGCCUCUCAAGUAAUGGAAAACUCAGGCAGACAUGGUCUCAAACACUUGGAUGAAACUGUCGUUUUCAUAUUAGAGCAGCUACUCACUGCUUUCAACGAAGAGGAAAAAAGAACAAAUGCCAGGCAUAUCAUAUCUCUUGGUGGCUUGCAUUUUCUUCUUCAAAGGUUUGAAGUGGGAAAGCUAGAAGAGAAAGCUCAUGUGGCAGCACUCUUAUCCUGUUGUAUUGACGCAGAUGCAAGUUGCAGAAAUCAGAUAGCGAGAAAUAUCAGCAAACAGUGUCUUCUCGAGCUACUCCAGAGCAAACAGGUUAAGUCGAGAACAAAUGCAGUGCUGCUGUUGGUCGAACUGAUUUGCCUGAAAAGGUGGAAAGAUGUUACUUUAUUUUUAAGUGGCUUGCAGAAUGAGGGGAUAGCAGAUACGAUGUAUGUUCUGCUUGUGUAUCUCCAUAGUUCUCCAAAGGAGCAGAGACCUCUGGUUGCUGUACUUCUGUUACACUUAGAUCUUCUGGUAGAACCUCAGAAAUACAGCAUAUAUAGAGAGGAGGCAAUUGAUGCCAUUACGAUGGCUCUUGAAGACAGCUUAGUGGAUGAGAAGGUUCGAGAAAAGUGUUGCAGAGCACUUCUUAUCUUGGGAAGACGUUUCUCUUUCUCUGGGAAGUCAUUGACAGAGAGUUGGAUCCUAAAGCAAGCAGGAUUUAAAGAUAUCUAUGAAGUGAAUCUUCUUGAAAAUGAAGAUGAUAAUUCAUUAGCUGAUGACACUGUUUGGGAUGAUGAAGAGGUGGCAAAUGAAGAGUGGUUGAAGAACUUGUCAAUGGCAUUGCUUAGUAAUGGGAAAAAGUCUUUCUUAGACACCGUUUCUAAGUGUCUUCGCUCUGGAAACUCGGACAUGGUGAGGGUCUGCCUAACCACUGUGGCAUGGUUGAGCUGUGCACUCUCUUCACAAUCUGAUGUUGAGUUCCAGCACUCUGCCUUCUCAGCUCUCAUCUUUGGGCUGAAAGAAAGCCUAGAGAAAGGUGAGCAGAUUGAGUACAAGAUCCUUGCUUCAAUGUCUCUGCUCUAUUUCAGCAAAAUAUCAGAAUGCAGAGUUCUUUUAAUGGCAAUGGCAAAAGAGAUUGCGGCUCCUCUAAGAAGCCUAGCUGGGGUAACAUGGACAGCAAAGCAACUAUAUGCCAUUGUAUCUGGGGGAGAUCUGUAAUCUAAAAGGAAGCAUAUGAUCAGCCAUUGGUUUUCUUUUGGGCAAGUAUCGGCAACCUGAGGCUCCUAGCAUUCUGAAUGACCUUGCGUGAUGGUCUCAGCAUUAUAUAUCAUCCUCUACAAACUUUUCUUAAUAUCUCCUCAAUUUUGCGUUGGAGCAACAAAAUUUUGGCGGAAAGAGUCACUCACACCUUGAGAAGGGAUCAUUGAUGUUAUCAGGACAAUAGGUUAAGAGUGAUAUUUUUCCUGAUCGAGAAGUGAGAAUAUAUGCACACUAAUUACAAGGAGUGUUAUUUUGUCGAAUUAUUUGUUUUUCUUUUUAAAUUUGGAUGCCUUUGUAAAUUUUAUUUGGUUAGGAAUGUUCAAGAGGGCACCAGUGAAUCCAAGUCAUCAUAUUGUAGUUAACAGCAAGCUGUAUAGAAAGAUGUUAUUUUC